UAUCCUUAUGAGCAACCGACUUGGCUCUUUCUACCUUAUCUGCAUUGUCGUGUAUGCCCGCUAGCAUUAAAUUCUCUUCUGCUUAUAAAAAGACGCCGUCCGUGAGCAAGGAAGAACAAAUCAUAACUCUUCAACAGAUCUCAUUCUUGCUCUCGCUCUUUGAUGGCCGUCCAAAGCAGGACAUACCUGCUCACUCUCCUUUUAUCCCUUCUCUCCCUUCUUCUUCUCCCCCAUUUCUCAAAUGCCCAGCUUCUCUUUCAGGGGUUCAACUGGGAAUCGUCCAAGAACAAGCAAGGUUGGUAUCGCGUGCUCAAAAAUUUGGUUCCACAGAUAGCAGAAGCUCGCGUUACUCACGUGUGGCUUCCUCCCCCUUCGCAGUCGGCUUCUCCCGAAGGAUACCUGCCGGGAAGGUAUUACGAUCUUGACUCGUCAAGGUAUGGAAGCGAAGCGGAUCUGAGAGAGCUGAUAGCGGCGUUCCACGCAGCAGGAAUCAAAUGCUUGGCUGAUGUGGUUAUCAACCACCGGACGGCUGCCAAGAAGGACGGGCGAGGGAUAUGGUGCAUCUUCAAUGGAGGCAGGGACGACGGCACACUGGACUGGGGUCCCUGGGCAAUCUGCAAGGACGACACCCAGUACUCGGACGGUACCGGCAACCUCGACACCGGCGAAGGCUACGGUCCGGCGCCGGACGUCGACCACCUUAACCCGAGGGUGCAGAAGGAGCUCACCGCCUGGCUCCAGUGGCUCAAGACCGACGUUGGCUUUGACGGAUGGCGUCUCGACUUCGCCAAGGGCUACUCGACGGACGUAACCAGGGGCUACAUCCAGCGAGCCCAGCCCGAGUUCGUGGUGGGCGAGAUUUGGAGCACUCUGGGCUCGGACCCAGUUCAAGGUCCUGAGGCUCACCGGAGGGAGCUCGACAACUGGGCGAGGGGUGCCGGAGCGGCGGCGUUCGACUUCACCACCAAAGGAGUGUUGCAGGCUGCCGUCAACAAUGAGCUGUGGAGGUUGAAGGACCCACAGGGAAGGCCCUCUGGUCUCAUCGGAAUCGAUCCGGAGAAGGCCGUGACCUUCAUAGACAACCACGACACGGGCUCCACCCAAAACUACUGGCCUUUCCCUUCGGACAAAGUCAUGCAGGGCUACGCUUACAUCCUCACACACCCCGGGAUACCUUCAAUUUUCUAUGAUCACUACUUUGACUGGGGAUUGGCUAAAGAGAUCAAGAUGUUAAGUGGGAUUAGAGCGAAGAACGGGAUCAGGCCUCAGAGCUCCGUUGAGAUACUGGCUGCAGAUAAAGACAUCUAUGUUGCCAAGAUUGACGGGAAGGUGAUCGCAAAGAUAGGGUGCAGGGUCGACGCAGGGGGGCUCAUUCCUCCUGGCUUCCGCAUGGUCACGGCCGGGAAGGACUACGCGGUGUGGGAAAAGAUUUAGGGAAUUGAUUAUGCCCAUAUUUCAGUCUUGUAUUUACUGAUGUUUUUCCUUGUUUGGAAACGAAAUGUUCAUCGGUGAUCUCGUUUUGCGAGACCCGUGUAUCCUCUUUAAAUGGGUAGUCUUAGUCAUCUUUUGCAA